AUGACAUCCGCCAUCGAGGACUUGCUUUCUACCACAGUCGAAACUUUAAAAGCAGCAAUGCAUUGCUAUACUACUGUCAAGGAUGACAACAGCCUCCGGAGGGCUUUCCACGGAGCAGGUGAAAGGCUUCGUUACGUUGUGCAGGUUCUGGAAGCCGCGAAGGCUCACAUAGCCCGGCACGGCCUCGACGGAGAUCUCGAAGAACCCCAAAAUUUGCUGCAGGUUUGCAGCACCAAAGUCAAACAGUCUCAGGGUAUAUUCCAGAUGGUUGCUCGAGCACCACAGACCUCUCGAUUGCCAUUUUACAAAGCCGCCGUGAAACAACUGGGGAACGGCCAGGUAGUAGAGGAUUUGGUGAAGGGCAUGAUGAUUGAUGUGUGCGUUUUCGCUGAGAACAACGCAAUCAGGGGCAUGAUGAGGAACGAAGUCGCGGUAUUGCGUAACGCGAUUGAGACGUUGUCAAACAUGGAACCAUCCCUGUCAACAGAGCGCUCUGGUGACAACUACAACAACUGGAGCGCUGGCGACAUGCUCAACGCUCCUCGCGGAAAGGUGACCAAGAACAACUUCUCCGGAGCUACUUUCUCCGGCACCGUGUCCUUUUAG